AUGGCCGAAACUCAGAAAAUUCAUCCUGCUACCCUAGUCACCAAUAUCAAGACUUGUAUUCCUAUCAUUCUUGAUUAUGAUGGCACCCAAUACAACACGUGGUCUAAUUUGUUCGAACUUCAUUGCCGUACGAACUUGGUCCUCGACCAUAUCAUUCCACCUGUUGCUGAUGGGAACGAACAGGCUUCUGCUUCUUCUGAGAACGCUCAAUGGCAACGACUUGAUGACAUCGUUCGUCAAUGGAUUUACAAUACCAUCUCCACUGACCUUCUUAAUUCCAUAAUCGAUCCCGAUGACAAGGCUAUUGAUGCUUGGAAUCGUUUGAAGAAUUUUUUCCUCAAUAACAAGUCUACACGAGCAUUACACCUUGAUGCGCAAUUCACCAACACCAAGCUCGAGCAUUUCGAUGGUGUGAAACCCUAUUGUACUCGCCUCAAAACCCUUGCUGACAGUUAG